AUGUCCACUUCUCUUCCCCGACUCCCAUUCCACGUCUUAUCUGCCUUCUCCCCAGUCCCAGGGACAGGCUCCCAGGCAGCUCUGAUCAUCUACCCCUCCAACGCAGAUCCAAGAUGGUCAGACGAUAAAUAUCUGUUGCAGGUAGCUGGGGAUUUCAAUUAUACAGCUACUGUACAUGUUGCUCCGACUGGUCAAAGGGGGGAAUGGGAGAUAAGAUGGUUCACACCCAAAUCUGAGCUAGCCCUUUGUGGACACGGUACACUCUCAGCCUCUUACAUCCUCUUCAAACAACAUCCAGAUAUAGAUACGAUCAGGUAUAUAAAUCCCAUAGCAGGGGAAUUCCAAUCUCAACGGAUAACAUCAUCGGACAAAGCAGUACAAAUCAGUUUACCGAGCUUACCUUUCGACGUGAUUCAAUCUAUGGGCCAUGGAUCUCCCCGAUCCCACCCUGAUGCGGUGAGGUUGAUAGCUGCGUUGGGUGUGAGGCAAACAGAGGAUGUAUUGGACAUUUCGGAAUUCAAAUAUGGGUCUCGUAAGAGUUUUAUCGUUUUGAUUAGAGGGGAUGUGGGAUUGAGGGAAUUGGGAGUGGAUAUAAGGGCGUUGGUUGAAAUAGCCUCUGGACAGAUUAUAGUCACUCAGAUAUCCCCUGAGACCGAUUCCGAAUUGAUGAUUAGAUCAAGAAUGUUCGCUCCUGGUAUAGGUAUACAGGAAGAUACCAUAACGGGAUCCGCCCAUACGUAUUUAACAAACUACUACCUCCUUUCCAAAGCCACUCAAUUCCUUCCAUCCAAAUUACGACAAGACCCUACAAGAUUGGUGAUACAUGCUGCCCAGCUGAGCGAGAGGGAAGGAGGUAUGAAAUGUAUUCUAGGUCAAGGUGGUGAGACGGUGAGGUUGAUAGGUAAAGUUAGGGAAUUUGGUAAUGGAUAUCUGGUAGAUGAUGAUGGCGAUGAUUAG